AUGAGGGCUUUGAGGCAAGCAUUCCAGGCUGCAUGCCAGAACCCGCGCCCGAGCUCGGUGGUGAUCCCGAAAGGAACGUACAAACUUGGGGAGAUCGAUAUGGUCGGUCCCUGCAAAGCUCCAGUCGAGGUGACCGUUAACGGCCACUUGCAAGCCAACGGAAAUGCCCUGGUUGGACGCGAGAAAUGGGUCGUUUUCCGUUAUAUUAACGGCUUCAAACUGAAUGGAGCUGGUAUCUUUGAUGGGCAAGGCAAUGCUGCCUGGAAGUCGAAUGAUUGCCACAAGAAUAACAACUGCAAGAAACUUCCAAUCAGCAUAAGGUUCGACUUCGUGCUUAACGGUGAGGUUAGGGACAUAACGUCGUUGGACGCAAAGAACUUCCACGUGAACGUUUUGGGCUGCAAGAACUUUACAUUCGAUAAUGUGAAGAUCAAGGCACCUGCCGAGAGCCCCAACGACGGAAUCCAUCUGGGGAGAAGUGAUGGCGUCAACAUCCUUAGAUCUUUCAUCUCGACAGGUGACGAUUGUAUCUCUGUCGGAGACGGGAUGAAGAACCUCCACGUCGAGAGAGUUACUUGCGGUCCAGGUCACGGUAUCAGUAUCGGAAGCCUUGGACGUUACACGAACGAGGGGCAAAAGUGA